AUGAAUUUCGGCAAAGAAGCUAUACUGCUUAUCUGUGUUUCAUGCCUGAUUGCUCAAUAUGAAUGCGCUGGUUCCUGUGCCAGCAAACCGGAAAAAUUGAAAACAUGCAACAAAUUCUUCGUGACCAGUUUCACAGCCGAGAAACCAAAUGGAGGGAUGACUGCACCUCCACCCAGAAUUCAAAACCUUUAUACGCUGAGAAAUGGAAGUGAGUACUACUAUGAUACUGUGUAAAUUUCCCAUUAUAAGUGGAUACAUUUUCUGAUAAGUUGAUAAGAAGACUACAAACUAGUAUAUGUAAUGUCACUCAUAAUUUCUCAAACUUUCAAGUGCCAUGGAACAUCCUGACUUAUUUCCUUAGGUAUAGGUUGCUAAUAGGGGUACGCAAAUGACCAAGUCGUCAAAAAAACGAGAACACACGCAGUUCCGUUAAUGUAAUUAAUCAUGUCAAUGUGACGUGAAGCACAUUAUAUAAUAUACAGCGGCUACAGAACUUCUCUACUUUGUCGUACUACCUACCGUCCUCUUUGGCUGUCCAUAGUUUCUCGUCUUUUCCACAAGCCAUCACCUCCAUGUCAUUCGCGGACCAAAGCCACACUCGUGUUCUUACUUUUGCGAUCAUUCAUAAUGGUGGAAUAGAGUUUCCCGCCAUUUGAUUCUUAAUUUGUAGUAAGCGGAAGCAGCUGUUGAUCAAAGUCUGCAACCUGUCGGGAAUGGUCUGCAUGGCCCAAACGCCAAGUUUCUGAGACAUAUUGAAUAAAUGACUUCACCUGAGUGUUAAACGUCUGAGCCUUAUUCUCGAUCCUUAAUGCAGAUGAUUUUGAAAAUAUAAUUUAUAAGAACAAAAGUGUGCCCUGCCCCUCCGAUUCUGCAUUUCAUACCAAUAGGCGUUCCGUAUGUAGGUGAGACGAACCUUAUAAGAUGACUGAAGUUAAAAAAGUCAAGAUGUCACCAGUUUAUGUGUUUUGUCGAUAAAUCAUAGAUCGAGUGAACAGAGACAAAUGUCAUUUUAUUAAGAGCCCUCAAAUGUUCUUAUUCAGGGCCUGCAUGUGACAAAUGUUCAUUUCACUAUCCAAGUUUUAUUAAAUUCCGUAGUAUUUACCUGAAUCUUUAAAGCCGUGAGGAGUGAUUGUCAGCUUACCUUUCAACACACACUGAAAUUGCUAUCAGUCUGCAUUUAUGAGAAUGUGAUAUUGCGAAUAGAAUGUUUGAUUUAGCAAAACAUUUCUGUAAACAUUGAAGAUUGUUUCUUCUGAAACUGCUUUUGAUUUCUGGUUUUCCACUUUUAUUAGAAAAAAUAGACGUUGCAGAUCUAAGUGAGUUGGAUAUAAUUGCAGAUGAAUAAGGAUUAUUCAUUUUGGCAGUUACAGUAACACUGGUUGGAUAGGAAUAUGUUUAAAUUUGCAUCAUUUUCAUUCCACUGAAACUU